UUGACGUAGACUUGGUGCUAUUUGUCUACGAAGGGAGACAAAUUAUUUGAAAAUCGAUUUGAAAAUGUGCCAGUCCUGCGAAGACUUUUCACCACAGUGCUGCGCCACAUUUUAUCCCAUAUGGUGCAUCGUUCUUGGAGCCUUUUUCACUGCGAGCGCAAUUUAUUUGGUAGUUGACUAUACAAAUAAAAUCGACAACCCCUAUAUUUUUUCAAGGGCUGAUUGGGACGGUGACGACUGGGAUACCAUUGAAAAAAUACGCGACAAAUAUAGAACUUAUAGAAUUAUUUCUAUUAUUAAGGUCAUAAUUGACUUCACUUAUGUGGUCGCUGGGAUUUUGUUGUUGCUUGGUGAUAAAAUGAAUAAAAAAAGGUUGUUCAAAUUUGGAAAAGUCCUCAGCUAUUUCUUUCCUAUUUGUUCUGUAAUGACCGUUUUUACUAUAAUUGUCCACAUUUGCGCCGUAAUAAAACUGUGCCGGUAUAUAGAGCAACGCUGGGGGAUAGCUAACAAUUAAUCGCAUCCGAUUUCCAUUUCGAUGUCACGAGAUCGACCUAAACUACGGAUUAAUAAUCCGAUUCAUCUUUGCUUGUUAAGGAAAUUUUGUCGGACUAAAUCAGGCGGAACGCACGUUUAUAUGGAAAGCAGAUAAUGUAAAUUAAAUUGUGUACAUUUUUCGAGUUGUAAAAAAUUCAGGCCGGCAGAACUCAAAAGAAAAAAUAAAAGAAAUUUUUGUGACGAAAAUUAA